AUGACGACUACCACAAAUACCCAAUCAAAGACACCUUUGUGGCUAGACUGCGACACUGGGCAUGACGACGCGUAUGCCCUGCUUUUGAGCGCACAUGAUCCUCGCGUCGAGCUUCUCGGACUAUCCACCGUCCACGGAAAUGCUGCACUCGAUCAGACUACCUUCAACACCAGAGCCAUCCUGGAGGCAAUUGGCAGGCGUCAUGUGAAGGUGUACUCGGGCGCAGCAAAGCCCAUUGUACGAGAUGCCGUCCAUGCAGCCGAUAUUCACGGCGAAUCUGGGCUCGAUGGCGUUACGCUGCUGCCUCAACCAAUUGAACCUGCAAUCAGCGGUGUCGACCAUCUCGAAGCCAUGUACCAGGCUCUGAUUGCGACGCCAGCCAAUACCGCAUGGCUGGUUUCGACUGGCACCUUGACCAACAUUGGACUGCUGUUUCAGAAACACACAGAUCUCGCAGCUCAUCUAAAGGGUCUGAGCAUCAUGGGUGGCGCUGUUGGAGGAGGCUUCACAGAUGCACCUAUGGGCAAGGUCAAGGGCGAAGGAAAGCGCUUUGGAAAUUGGACCGCAUACGCAGAGUUCAAUAUAUACUGUGACCCAGAAGCAUCCCACUUCAUCUUCUCGCAUCCCAUCCUCAAAUCAAAAACCACUUUGAUCACACUUGAUCUCAGUCAUCAAGUACUGGGCACCAAAGCCAUCCGCCGCACCCAGCUCUACGGAGCCGACGAGCCCCUGGACCCAUCCACUGCAAAGACUGAUCGCACACCAUCAGCUCUGCGGGCCCUCUUCACGCAAAUCAUGUCCUUUUUCGCUGGAACAUAUGCAGACGUCUUCUCCAUCACCAAAGGACCUCCCCUCCACGAUCCACUCGCCGUGUCUGCAGCCAUCCACCCCGAAAUAUUCGACGAUCGAGGCGGCGAGCGUUUCCAGGUCGACAUUGUCACAGACGGCGUCCACUCGCCCGUGCAAUCCGAGGUGGGAGAAUUGGGUAGAACCAAAGUCACUAGACUUCCAGAGGGCGAAGGAGGCUGUAGGAUUCCACGAGCGGUAGACUUGGCCAAGUUCUGGGGCAGUAUUGAGAGCGCCAUGCAGAGAGCGGAUGCGGUUAGUCCGAUGCCGAAGAUGUCGCGACAGGAUUUGGAGAAGCAUGGCGUGUUUGAUGGGAUUGACUGA